AUUAGCAUCACAAAAAUGCAUUUAAACAAUGUGCAAAACGUUCUGUUAUGGCGCUACUAAAUCUUAAUCUGCAAAUUAAUAAAUUAUCAGGUCCGGUAGAAACUGAUCUAGCACAUAUGAGUUUUCCUUGGAACUGAUCGCGGAACAGCGCGGCCAUGUCCGAGAAUGAGCAGGCUCCGAUGCCGAAGAAACGCGCCUCCCUGCUGCAACCCAGCAGUCGGCGCUCGCGUUCCGUACCCAGCCUGCAGUCGGCGCAGUCUCUAAAAGGGGCGUGCCGUGAAGCAUGCCAGCGAAAUCGGGACUGCGUUGUCCGCCAAGUGGCGCUCGUCGGCAUCCUCGCCGGGAUUGUUCUCCUGGUGCUGGGCAUCGUUGUGUUUGAUGGAGAAAUGAUCUACAUCAUCCUGGGCGGAUGUUUUCUGGGGCUGAGCUACUUUUUCUACAUGGUCAGCACGUUCUGCAAUAACAGUUACCUCAAGUUUUUGAAAGAGGCGCCGGAGAUGCACAAUAUCUUCGAUCAUAUCAAGGAGGUACAGGACGCCCAGCCGCAGAUUCGCUUCGAGAUGGAAUGUUACCACAAGGAACUCCGGACCCGCCACGUCCGCCGGCGCGACACCUACGGGAACGUGCGCUGGGUGUACGAGACCUACAACGUCAGCGUCACCAGCUGGGAAGGCUCCCGCUACCUGGCCUACACCGGCUGGUCGGAUGCGUCCAACAAGGACCAGCUGGUGGCAGCCCGCAGUUUCGAGCAGGCCUUCGUGGACUUCUACAAGACGUACCAGUUGGUCGGCCCCAACGCCCACCAGUCCUUCCAGGUGCAGAAGAUGCAGUUCAUCAUGGAGAACCAGGGCCGCGAUCAGGCUUACAAUUUCCGCGAGAUCCUGGAGAUCCCGGGUUAUGUCGAUCAGGCGCUGGCGGUUUUCGGGGAGAGUAAACCGUGCUGUAUGAAUUGUGGAUGUUAUUCGUUAGCCAGUAUUUUUCUCUGCGAGUUCUGCUGUCGGGUGUGUCUGAUGCGGCGUGCGCCACGGGAUACCUAUACUUAUACCAAAUUAAUCGAGCUGUGAUGGCUGGUUAGCGUAAUUUAUUGUUUAUUAUUAAUUUUUUGAAGUGUCUGUUACAUUCGGGUCUUUUUAUUAAGCGAAUGCUUAAAUGCUGUAGCUAAUCAAAACAAAGCCGGAAGAAGCCAGAUAUGUUUGUAACCGGUCAAGAUAAAUUUUCCAGAAAAAAAGUGGGAAUCCAA